ACCGUUUGCAAGUAAUAGAGCCAUGCUUCAUCACCAAGAAAUGGAAGGAAUAAUUUCACAAUUCGAAAAGAUGAUUAACGAGUACGUGAAAAUUUCUUGCUUACUUUUUCAAAAGGUCCUAUGUACCUAGGAAUCCCAUGGCUCAAAAAAGUAAUCUAGAAUUGCCUUUAUGAUUAAUUUAUAUUUUACAAAAUGUGAAAAACUUUUUUUUCUGUUAUGAGUUUACUAUUUUCUAUGGUUUUGUUACAAUUUUCUGCAUAAAACAACGUUAUAAAACAAAUUCAUGACUCAUCCAAUCGCUCUCCCUCACAACACCCCUGCUCGGGACUCCCUACUCCACUUCCAACUCCCGCGAAAAGGGCAGGUAUCGCUCGCUGGUUAGCACCGCACUCUCGAGUAACAAACGCAACAAAAAAUCGUAACAAGUCUACACGACCAGACUCUCCUCCUGCGGGGUUUCCCAUGAGUGAGCGAACGGUUCCAGCAACGCUUGCUAUGACCCUUUCGCCGGUGUGCUGUAUCGUCCUCCCUGUGUUGUGUUGUAUUCGCGCGUGGCCUGCUUCGAAACUUCAACUUCAACUCCGGCUGUCGUCGUCGUCGGGGCGCAUCCAUAUUGGCGCGCAAUCGAGUGCGCAUGCUUCUACGCGCCGUGAAGAACUUGAAGAGAGUGGAAGCAGAGAGGAUGAAACGAAACGAAACAGAGAGGGAAGAACGUUCCGUUUGGCACUUGAGGGGAAUCAGUGUAACGUCGGAGGUUUAUCGUACCGUACGUACGUGCGAGUUCCGCGUACGAGCGCGACUUGGUGUGUUUUGGUUCAGCGUUCUUCUUUUGCUUUUUGGGGUUGAGUUUGAUCGCGCGCUCGCGUGUGGAGUACGAGAAACCCCGGAAGUAACCGCUCGUGGCCGUUGAUCCAGUUCCACAUCCACAGAAGGUGAUGCACAUGUUGCUCAACCCGAAACGUGUAGUUGUUUAUUUGUUUAGCAGUUUCAACGCGAUCCAGUUCGUCGGGGCCCAGACUUCCAGUAGCAGAGUGUAUACAGAAAGAGAAGCUGUAGCACAGAAGCUGGAACGGCCGGUGUUUAUCUCCGUUUGAUGUGGUGCAAGAAGAAGCAAUAACACAGUCGAGGUCGUACCAUCUUUUGAGGGCGAGAAUAUCCAAGAAAAGUGAAAAUGAGCUAAAGGUUCGACCCCCCCUGUAAUUUCGGUAAUCAUUUGAGUGGCAACCUUUUGUGUGCGUGCAAUAUCUUCAUCACAGCAAAUACAACAACAACAACACAGCUAAAACCACCCCCUGAGGAUUAUUUUGGUGGUAUUGGUAAUAGUAGAAGUGACGGGAAAGGGUCGUCGCCACCCACGAUACAGUUUGGCGUCGCCGGUGUCGACGUCGUCGUCGAUGGUAGACAAUCUACCCCUACGGAAGAGGGAGAGUGCCCUGGGCCCGGAGGAGCUGUAACAUGCUGGUUCGGUUGGAGGACGUAAACUGAUCGCUUCGCCGACCCCCGCCGUCAGCACCAUGUCAUCGUACCCGUACCAGAAUCCGUCGUCCUACGAGCCGUACGACGCCGCCGUUCCGCCGCGGGUGCCAAUGAGUCCGGUGCAUCUGCAGCAGCAUCACCCUGCCGCGUACUCCAAGUCGCUGGUUCAACCCACGUCCAGUCCUUCCGUCGGGGACUUUCUACCUCCUCUUCAACCCCACGACGGUGGCGGCGGUCCUCACGGGGGUCCCCGCUCAAUCUACAGCGCCCACGCGCUAGCCUCGUCCCAAGCCCUUCACCAGCAGCACCAACAGCUUCACGGAGCCGUCCCAUAUCUUCCGGGGCCACCCCCUCCGGGGCCUCCCUACCACCACUCGCCACGUGGCAGCGCCGGAAGCACAACCAGCAGUCAACAGUCCUCGAGCUUCCCGCCGAAUUUCCCGCCAAAUGUCCACCACCAGGUCGGGCCAGGUGUCCCCGGACCGAUGAUCGGCCACAACUACUCCCAGUCGGACGACGACAGCGGGUGCGCCCUCGAGGAGUACACCUGGGUGCCGCCCGGACUCCGGCCAGAUCAGGUCCACCUGUACUUCUCGGCCGUCCCGGAGGACAAGGUGCCGUACGUAAACAGCAUCGGCGAGCGGCACCGGGUUCGGCAGCUUCUCCAGCAGCUUCCACCACACGAUAAUGAGGUGCGAUACUGCCAUUCACUGACCGAUGAAGAGCGCAAAGAGCUGAAGCUGUUCUCGGCCCAACGGAAGCGGGAAGCCCUCGGCAGGGGCACCGUCAAGCAGCUGGCCAACAAUCAGAUCUGCGACGGGUGUGGCGAAUGCAUCUCAUCCGGCGACAUGGGAGUGACGGCGUCCCGGUUCGACGCGGGCACCUGCUGGCAUCCGGCCUGCUUCGUGUGCUCGGUGUGCAAGGAACUGCUCGUCGAUCUGAUCUACUUCCACCGCGAGGGCCGCCUGUACUGCGGUCGGCACCACGCGGAGACCCUCAAGCCACGCUGCUCGGCAUGUGACGAGAUCAUCUUGGCGGACGAGUGCACGGAGGCGGAGGGACGGGCGUGGCACAUUAAGCAUUUUGCCUGUUUCGAGUGCGAUAAGCAGCUCGGGGGACAACGCUACAUAAUGCGCGACGGUAAGCCGUACUGCCUGCACUGCUUCGACGCCAUGUUCGCCGAGUAUUGCGAUUUUUGCAGCGAACCCAUCGGCGUGGACCAGGGCCAGAUGAGCCACGACGGCCAGCACUGGCACGCCACGGACAACUGCUUCGCGUGUAGCACCUGCCGCUGUUCCCUGCUGGGACGGCCAUUCCUGCCCCGACGAGGGGAAAUUUACUGCUCGAUAGCGUGCAGCAAGGGCGAACCUCCCACACCGUCGGAGGCAUCCUCCGGCCUUCCGAUGAACAACUGCGUUGCGACGAUGAUGCUGCCGGGGUCAGGGAACCGGACUAGGUCGAUUCGGCGGAAUGUCACCGACGAACUGCUACUGCCAGAUUAUUCACCGCAUUUGCCAAAGUCUCCGGAACCGCUGCAGAGUCCGAUCAGUGAGCGAAGUACGCCGCACUCGAGUCCGGCCAAGCAGAACCAACAGCAGCAACAGCAGUCUUCGGUUCGGUCCAGUCCGAUUCAGCAGCAGCUGCAGUUCCAGCUUGAGGCGUCUACGAUGGCCAGUGAGGUGGCCACCAACUACUCAACCUCGGUCGACAACGACAAUGUACAAACCUACACCGGAACCGGUGGCAGUGGGGCCACUUCGCCCAUCUCGUCCCGACCCUGCACGGAACCCGGUGACUUUGUGGAUCACUACUCCAACGCAAGCCAACACGAGUCCCUGCCACCAAUCCUCAACUCCUCGAGUCAACGCCGAAUCCCGCAGUGUUCACCGGAGCUUAACCGGCUACUCCACAAAGACCGCAGCCGGCAACCGCUGGAUCUGACCGACCUCACCCUAAGUCUCAGUCUGGACAACUGGCAGGACAAUCGGCACGAGCAGAUCUCCGGGUCCGGAACUGGAAUCGUCCACGCCGGAAUAGCCAAAAUGAACCCCUCGCUGACCUCAUCGAUGCCCGAGCUGACCCAGCAGCAGCAGAUGCAGUUCCAGCAGCAGUUUGAACCGUACGACGACAUUAGCCCGUUGGACAAAGCAAGUGCAAUAGACCCGCUGGACGAUGGCAUCCAGAAUGCGUCCGACGCGUCGCACUCGAUCGUCGAACUGCCAACCCCGCCGCCAAUAGUUAUUAAGAAAGAAGUCCGCUUCGAGGGCGACUUCCAGGACUCCCUCCCUCGGUCCAAGAGCUACGGCAGCCGGUCCUCCUCCAGCUCGUCCCGCUCGAAAUCGUCCAAAUCGCGACGAAAAUCGAGCAGCCACCACAACCACAGCCACCGUUCCUCGUCCGAGUACUCGUCGUCGUACGAUCGGCACGACCGCCAUGGCGGCCACCACGAACGAUCCUCUUCCACCUCCUCCACCCGAAGAUCGCCCCGGCGGAGGCCACGCCACGUGCACGAGCACGAAGCCCCGGCCAUCGGCGACGAGGACGACUCGGACGUGCGGUCCGUCUGCUCGACCUGUUCGUCCAGCUCUUCGAGCGCCGACGACACCGUGUACGAACUGCCCAUGCGGCGGACCUACGGCGGAACGCGCAUCCACUACAUGCCAAACAACUCGAUCGCGUGCGCCCGGAAGCGGAAACAGCUCGGCGUGCCACCGAAUGCAGGGGGAGGAGGCGGCGUCGGUCCGUAUGAGAAAGACAAUAAAAAUUGUAUCAUUUCGUGAGAAUGUUUGCGGCGUUUUUGCGCAACGUUUCCCAAUUGUGACCAAAAUGUAAAGCAAAAGUAUUUAAAAAUGUCCGUUCGUUUGUUGCGCGCCGAACGGAGUGUAUAAAGUUAGCAUCAGAAAGAGAGAAAUUAUGCAAGUUUGAACGUAUUUUCAUUGUUUGGAUUGAAAUUUUAGCAUGAGAAGAGCAGAUUUAACGAAAAAAAGAAGCAUAUUUUAAAGUCGAAACGUAAAAUACUCGAAAACAUAUUUUGUGAGAUUUUUAAGGUUCAUGUCGCGUACGCAGUUCAUAGAUCACACCAACAUACAAAGGGUAGAUUGUAUUCAAUGCUCAUAUCUUUAGUGUUAAGAUCUUUUAUACAUACAGUUUGAUAGAGUUAAUUUUUUACCGAACAGUUGAAAGAAGAUGCAGA